AUGACGUCGUUUGAAGAGAAGCCGUCGUCAGUUCCCAGCGCCGAUGGUGAGCUCAAGGAAGAGAAGUCGGAGGAGGGCGGCGGCAUGGGACAACUCUUUAGGGUGUUUACCUAUGCCGAUUCAACUUCCUUGGCGCUCUAUCUCGUCUCUUUCGUCUCAGCUGUCGGGGCGGGGGCGGCUAUGCCUCUGAUGACUCUGGUCUUUGGUGGGUUUGUAACAGAUACAACAGAUUUUGCCACGGGACUGCUGUCACCGGAGAAGUUUCGCUCUGAAUUGAACAAAUUUGCUCUCUGGUUCAUAUAUCUCUUUGUCGCUAAAUUCGGACUUACCUACAUCUUCACGGUGGCCAGCACAAUUGCGGGCAUCAGAACUACCAAAGCUCUCCGCGUCGAUUUUCUUGAAAGGACUCUCCGCCAGGAUAUCAACUUCUUCGAUUCCUCGAACCAGGGGGCAACUGCAAUGCAUGUAACUACAAACGGAAAUCUCGUCAACCAAGCCAUUGCCGAAAAACUUGCCCUGACAGUCCAGGCUACGUCGACCUUCUUUGCUGGUUUCAUCGUGUCCUUCGUUGUGCAGUGGAAGCUAACCCUGAUUGGAAUCUGCAUUGUACCGGUGAUAGUGGUGGCUCUGGCCGUCUGCCUUGUGAUUGAUGCAAAGCAGGAGACAAAUGUUCUGGGAUUCUAUGCCAAAGCUAGUGCGUUGGCAGAGGAAGCAUUUUCAAGCAUUCGAACCGUUCAGGCGUUUUGGGCGCAGCCGCGUUUGUCGAAAUUAUACAACGAUUUCUUGCAGCUUGCACAUCUCGAAGGGAACAAGAAAUCUCCGAAUUACGGCGCCAUGUUUUCAACAGAAACCAUAGAUCGAGAUUCCAAAAUUGACCCCUUAUCGGAAGAUGGCCUCCGGCCAAACAAGCUGAACGGCAAUAUCGAACUCAAGGAUGUUCAUUUCUUCUACCCCUCAAGGCCUGCUUAUCCCGUUCUGUGUGGGUUAGAUCUCCGAAUCCCUGCUGGAAAAACCACCGCACUGGUUGGUCCCAGUGGGUGUGGAAAAAGUACUAUAAUCGGCCUUCUCGAACGUUGGUAUAACCCGUCGAGUGGCACGUUGACUCUCGACGGCUGCAGUGUUGAUCAACUCAAUGUUCGCUGGCUCCGAACGCAGAUUCGGCUUGUUCAACAAGAACCCGUUUUAUUCAGUGGCACAGUGUUCGAAAAUGUCUGCCACGGUCUAGUCGGAACAGACAUAGCGGACCUGUCAGAAUCGGAGAAAAUGCAAUAUGUGAUCGAAGCUUGCAAGCUCUCAAAUGCCCAUGACUUCAUCGAGGGACUCCCGAAGGGAUACCACACGGAAAUCGGGGAGCGGGCGAGUAUGCUAUCUGGAGGACAGAAACAGCGCAUCGCCAUUGCUAGAAGCGUCAUUUCCAAUCCAAAGGUUCUUCUUUUGGACGAAGCGACUAGCGCUCUGGAUCCGCGCGCGGAAAGGGCUGUUCAGGAGGCCAUUGACCGAGUUUCUGAAAAUCGAACCACCAUUGUGAUAGCUCAUAAGCUUGCCACAGUUAAAGACGCUGAUAACAUUGCCGUCAUGGCCUCCGGCAGGGUCGUUGAACAAGGCACCCAUAUGGAAUUGAUUGCCGCCGGUGGCGUAUAUGCACGACUGGUCGGUGCUCAGGAUCUUGGUAGCAAAGAAGACGAUGAGCCGGAGAGUGCUCUUGAGGGAUAUGAACCUACGGAAGCAGGACAGGGCAUCUCAUUAAUGCGAACAACGACAACGAGAUCUUCAAUUCAACCUGCACUGACAAACGGUGUUGGAUCGGGAAAUUCUUCUAUUGAGAAUAAGUACAGCCUGUUGCAUUGUUUAUACAUAUUCUUGAAAGAGCAAGAAGGAGUUGGGAUUCAAUAUAUUUUUGUUGUCAUAUCUUGUUUUAUGGGCGGGCUGGUGUACCCUGCGCAAGCAGUUAUUUUCUCUCGCUUAAUAACGGUGUUCACCCUGGAGGGGCAAUCUAUGGUAGACAGAGGCAACUUUUUCGCUCUUAUGUUUUUUAUGGUCGCAAUUGGGAUUUUGAUUGCGUAUUUCACCCUUGGAUGGUUUUCUAAUCGUAUCGCCCAGGUAUGCACGCAUCGAUAUCGUUUGGAAAUAUUUAACACCCUCCUCCGGCAGGACAUGGAAUUCUUUGACAAGCCUGAGAAUGCUGUUGGUGCUUUGGCAUCAAAUCUAUCAACCAAACCGACCCAACUACAGGAUCUUUUAGGAUUCAACCUACCCCUUAUGAUAAUUGUGCUUGUUAACCUGGUCUCAAGUUGUAUCCUCGCCCUCGUAGUUGGAUGGAAGUUGGCGCUGGUCACCAUAUGCGGCGGCUUGCCACCGUUGUUGAUCUGCGGAUAUCUGCGCAUUCGACUCGAAGUCAAAUUUGAAUCCCUAACGGGGGAACGGUUUUCGAAGACCGCAGCCCUAGCGAAUGAAGCGGUAUCGGCCAUACGAACUGUGUCGUCAUUAGCACUAGAGACCCAAAUUUUGUCCAGGUACCAAGGUAGUAUGAACGGAAUUGUUAAACAUUCUAUAAGGAAUGUGGUAUGGACAAUGUUUUGGUAUAGCCUGGCACAAUCUAUCGACUUCCUUGUGAUGUGUCUCGGAUUCUGGUAUGGCGGCCGUCUUGUAUCUUUCAGAGUGUAUUCUUUGAACCAAUUUUUCAUGGUUUUUGUGGGUGUUAUUUUCAGUGGUCAAGCUGCCGCUCAGUUUUUCUCAUAUACAACAAGUAUAACGAACGCACGCAUUGCGGGAAACUACAUACUUUGGCUUCGGAGUCUUAAGCCUCAAAUUCAAGCCCAUGAGGAUACAUCUGACACAGAUUUGGAUAAGAAACCACACGGUAAAGGUCUUGUUGAAUUAGAAAAUGUUGAGUUUUGUUACCCCCAACGCCCCGAUGCUCGCGUCCUUUGUGGAAUAAAUAUUACUAUCCAACCAAACUCCUUUGCUGCAUUUGUGGGAGCAUCCGGCUGUGGCAAAUCCACCAUCAUCGCGCUUCUAGAACGCUUCUAUGACCCCAGUUCCGGCUGUAUUAAAUUCGACCAGCAGGACAUCGCUCAGCUGUGUCCCCGCGCAUAUCGCCGGGGGGUUGCACUGGUCCAACAAGAACCAACUUUGUAUCAGGGUAGCAUCCGCGAUAAUAUUGCCAUGGGCCUCGAAACAGAGGCAACACAGGAGCAGAUUGAAGAGGCAUCUCGCCAAUCAAAUGCGUUCACGUUUAUCUCCUCCCUUCCUGACGGUUUCAACACCCUCUGUGGCUCCCGCGGCACGCAGUUGUCUGGCGGCCAGAGGCAGCGCAUCGCAAUUGCUCGAGCCCUGAUCCGUUCUCCCAAAUUGCUUCUGCUUGAUGAAGCAACCUCUGCCCUCGAUACGGAGUCUGAGAAAGUGGUACAGGAGGCGUUGGAAAAGGCUUCGUCCGGUAGGACGAUGGUGGCUGUCGCGCAUCGUCUGUCGACGAUUAAAGAUGCCUCUGUAAUCUUUGUGUUUGGGAAGGGAAGGGUGUUGGAAUCUGGUACGCAUGCACAGCUGCUCGCAAAGAAAGGAAUCUACUAUGAAAUGUGCUUGGCACAGUCGUUGGAUCAAAAGAUUCCUGAUAAAGAAGGAUAA